AAAGUAGACUCAUCAAGGGAAAGAAUCGGAGCAUUAGGGCUUCUUCUUAACAGCCAUGAACGGAUCGACCAAGUCCAAAUGGAUGACAGGACUUGUGAUUCUGUUGAUCGCGACUGCUUGUAUUGUUGUGGUAUUUGAACUGAUAUCAUUGCAUAAAAGAUCUCUCGAAGAUAAAGAUGCACCAACACUAGCGACAAGUUUUAACUGCCGUCAAAAGCCAUUUUGUGAUGGAAACGCUACAUGCAAAACAAAUCCGAAAGAUAAGACUCAUUUCAACUGUGUUUGUAAUAAUGGCUUCCAAGGAGAUGGAUUCUCGUGUAAGGACGUUGAUGAAUGUAAAAGAAAUUCUGCCACAUGCAGUCAGCAUGCGUUUUGUGUAAAUUCUAUCGGCUCGUACGAUUGCCGCUGUUUGACAGGACUCCAAGGCAACGGUUACUCCUGCGAGGAUAUCGAUGAGUGUCAGAGCAAAAUGCACAGCUGUAGCGACCAUGCAGUGUGUGACAACACUGUAGGUUCCUAUAAAUGCAGUUGUUUCGACGGAUUUGCGGGCAACGGACGGUCUUGUUACGACAUUAAUGAAUGCAAAACUAAUGCUCACAACUGUAGUGUUCAUGCAUCAUGUAAUAACGCUGUCGGCUCCUACAUGUGCAGUUGUCUGGAGGGAUUCCAAGGUGAUGGACAGUCUUGUUAUGACAUCGAUGAAUGCAAUACUAACAGACACGCUUGUAGUGUUCAUGCAUCCUGUAAUAACACUCAAGGCUCCUACAUGUGCAGUUGUCUGGAAGGAUUCCAAGGUGAUGGAAGGUCUUGUCAUGAUAUCGAUGAAUGCAAGAGUAACACACACGCCUGUAGCGGUUAUGCAUCCUGCAAUAACACUGUCGGCUCCUACAAGUGCAGUUGUCUGGAAGGAUUCCAAGGUGAUGGACGGUCUUGUCAUGAUAUUGAUGAAUGUAAGACUAACUCACACUCCUGUAGUGUUCAUGCAUCCUGCAAUAACACUGUCGGCUCCUACAAGUGCAACUGUCUUCAAGGAUUCCAAGGUGAUGGACGGUCUUGUCAUGACAUCGAUGAAUGUAAGACUAACACACACGAUUGUAGUGUUUAUGCAUCCUGUAAUAACACUCAAGGCUCCUACACGUGCAAUUGUCUGGAAGGAUUCCAAGGUGAUGGACGGUCUUGUAAUGAUAUUGAUGAAUGCAAGAGUAACACACACACCUGUAGUGUUCACGCAUCCUGCAAUAACACUGUUGGCUCCUACAAGUGCAGUUGUCUGGAAGGAUUCCAAGGUGAUGGAAGGUCUUGUCAUGAUAUCGAUGAAUGCAAGAGUAACACACACGCCUGUAGCGUUUAUGCAUCCUGCAAUAACACUGUCGGCUCCUACAAGUGCAGUUGUCUGGAAGGAUUCCAAGGUGAUGGACGGUCUUGUCAUGAUAUUGAUGAAUGUAAGACUAACUCACACGCCUGUAGUGUUCAUGCAUCCUGCAAUAACACUGUCGGCUCCUACAUGUGCAGUUGCCUGGAAGGAUUCCAAGGUGAUGGACGGUCUUGUCUUGACAUUAAUGAGUGCAGUACCAAUAAACACAACUGUAGUGUUUAUGCAUCCUGCAAUAACACUGUCGGCUCUUACAUUUGUACGUGUCACAAAGGAUUCAUGGGGGAUGGACAAUCCUGUCAUGAUAUUAAUGAAUGCCAUACCGAUAAACACAAGUGUAGUGAUCAUGCAUUUUGCAAUAACACUAUCGGCUCUUACGAGUGCAUUUGUCGACGUGGAUUCGUAGGGGACGGACUGUCGUGUGAUGACAUUGACGAAUGUGGCGAUGGAACUCACAAGUGUGAUAGAAAUGCAGAAUGCAAAAACGUAAUAGGCUCUCAUGAAUGCGUGUGUCGUUCUGGGUUUUCCGGCGAUGGUUAUGUGUGUCAAGAUGUUGAUGAGUGCAGCGACGGAAGUCAUCUUUGCAGCCCUCACUCCAAGUGUGUAAACAUCCCAGGGUCGCACAGCUGCCUAUGUAACAACGGCUAUCGUGGAAAUGGACAGUCAUGCAACGAUAUCAACGAGUGCAAGGAAGGGACAGCCCAAUGCAGUUCGAAAGCAAGUUGCAUGAACACGCCUGGUUCUUUCAGCUGUAAAUGUAUUACGGGAUACCAAGGCGACGGGAAAAUUUGCCACGAUGAAGACGAGUGCAGUAGUGGUUGGCCUUGUGCCUGGAAAGCAGAUUGCAGAAACACUGAUGGCUCUUAUACAUGCAGUUGCAAUUCUGGCUUCCAUGGUGAUGGUUUUUCAUGUUUUGAUGUGGAUGAGUGCAAAAAGGGUAACCAUGGCUGUCACGCAAAAGCUCAAUGCAUGAAUACCUGGGGAUCAUACAGUUGUUCCUGUAACAAAGGAUAUCAUGGAAAUGGCAGGCAGUGUAAGGCUUCUUCUGCUGGACGGCCCCACCCACUCAUUGGAAGUUUUCUAUUUGGCACUUUCAUCGCUUUUAUGUUAUUAUUACUUUGUUCAGAGUAUUUGGUAACAGCUGUAUUGGCAGAUGAUCAACGACACUCGUACGUUCGACUCCUUUUUGAAUAUUCCUUAGUUAUAAUAACAUCAUAUAUUAGUAAACUACUGAGUCCAAUGGAUAAGACACAUCAAGGGAAAGAAUCGAGGCAUAAAGUAUUCGUCUCAACAGCCAUAGACGGAUCGAUCAAGUCGAAUUGGAAGGCAGGACUUCUAAUUCUGUUCAUCGUGGCUACUUGUUUUGGUCUAAUAUUUGCACUAACAACACGAACUAAAAAAUCUCUCAAAAUCGGAGAUGCACCAACACUAGCGACAAGUUUUAACUGCCGUCACAGCUGUAGCGACCAUGCAGUGUGUGACAACACUGUGGGUUCCUAUAAAUGCAGUUGUUUGAAUGGAUUUGUGGGAGAAGGACGGUCUUGUUACGACAUUAAUGAAUGCAAAACUAAUGCUCACAACUGUAGUUUUCAUGCAUCAUGCAAUAACACUGUCGGCUCCUACAUAUGCAGUUGUCUGGUAGGAUUCCAAGGUGAUGGACAGUCUUGUCAUGAUAUCGACGAAUGCAAGACUAACGCACACGAUUGCAGUGUUCAUGCAUCCUGUAAUAACACUGUUGGCUCCUACAUGUGCAGUUGUCUGGAGGGAUUCCAAGGCGAUGGACGGUCUUGUCAUGAUAUCGACGAAUGCAAGAAUAACACACACACAUGCAGUGGUCAUGCAUCCUGCAAUAACACUGUCGGCUCCUACAUGUGCAGUUGUCUGGUAGGAUUCCAAGGCAAUGGACGGUCUUGCAAUGACAUUAACGAGUGCAAGACUUACAAGCACACUUGUAGUGUUUAUGCAUCCUGCAAUAACACCGUCGGUUCCUACAUGUGUAGUUGCCUCGAAGGAUUCCAAGGCGAUGGACGGUCUUGUCUUGACAUCGACGAAUGCAAGAAUUACACUUACGAUUGCAGUGUUUAUGCAUCCUGCAAUAACACUGUCGGCUCUUACAGUUGCAAGUGUCACAAAGGAUUUCUGGGGGAUGGACGGUCCUGUGAUGAUAUUGAUGAAUGUCACACCAAUAAACACAAUUGUAGUGAUCAUGCAUUUUGCAAUAACAUAAUUGGCUCUUACGAGUGCACUUGUCGACAAGGAUUCGUAGGGGACGGACUGUCAUGUCAUGACAUUGAUGAAUGUGGCGAUGGAACUCACAAGUGUGAUAGGAAUGCAAAAUGCAAAAACAUUAUGGGCUCUCAUGAAUGCGUGUGUCGUUCUGGGUUUUCCGGCGAUGGUUAUGUGUGUCAAGAUGUUGAUGAGUGCAGCGACGGAAGUCAUCUUUGCAGCCUUCACUCCAGGUGUGUAAACAUCCCAGGAUCUCACAGCUGUAUAUGUAAGGACGGGUAUCGCGGAAAUGGACAGUCAUGCAACGAUAUCAACGAGUGCAAGGAAGGGACAGCCGAAUGCAGUUCGAAAGCAAGUUGUACGAACACACCUGGUUCUUUUAGCUGUAAGUGCAUUGCGGGAUACCGAGGCGACGGGAAAAAUUGCCACGAUAAAGACGAGUGCAGUAGUGGUCAGCAUUGUGCCAGGAAUGCAGAUUGCAGAAACACCGAUGGCUCUUAUACAUGCAGUUGCAAUUCCGGCUUCUAUGGUAAUGGUUUUUUGUGUUUUGAUGUGGAUGAGUGCAAAGAGGGUAUUCAUUGUUGUCAUGCAGAAGCUCAGUGCUCGAAUACCUGGGGAUCAUACAGGUGUUCCUGUAAGAAAGGAUAUCAUGGAAAUGGCAGGCAGUGUAAGGCUUCUUCUACUGGACGCCAGCCACUCAUCGCAAUUUUUCUAUUCGGCACUUUUAUCGCUUUUGCGUUAUAAUUACUUUGUAAGUACGUAAAGAAGAAAUAAGUUGAUGCAUGGAAGCUACCUUUACAGUUUCCUUUAACACCAUCCCAUAAAGGGUUUGUAAUGCAUUGGAGUGUACGGUCCUCGAACAU